UGCUGCCUUGGCCAGAGCCCGGAGCAGCCGCCGCCCGAGCGCGCCGAGCUCAGUUCGCUGCCCGCGCCGGCUCCCAGCCCGGCCCGACCCCUACACCCAGCCCGGCCAGGCUCCACAAGCAGGUGCGGACGAUCGGGGCAGGGAUCGCUGGGGUGAGGGAAGGGCGGCGAGCGGCGGAGAGGUCGAUCCCCGCUGUCUCCGGGCAGCAGCCGCCAUGGAAGUGAUGAACCUGAUCGAACAACCCAUCAAGGUGACUGAGUGGCAGCAAACAUACACCUAUGACUCUGGCAUCCACUCGGGUGUCAACACCUGUGUGCCCUCGGUCAGUAGCAAGGGCAUCAUGGAAGAGGAUGAGGCUUGCGGGCGCCAGUACACGCUCAAGAAGACCACCACCUAUACCCCGGUGCCCCAGAGCCAAGGUGAUCUGGAGUACCAGAUGUCCACGACGGCCAGAGCUAAGCGAGUGCGGGAAGCCAUGUGUCCUGGGGUGACGGGGGAAGACAGCUCGCUGCUGCUGGCCACCCAGGUGGAGGGCCAGAGCACCAACCUGCAGCGGCUGGCCGAGCCGUCCCAGCUGCUCAAGUCAGCCAUUGUACAUCUCAUCAACUACCAGGACGACGCCGAGCUGGCCACCCGGGCCCUGCCUGAACUCACCAAACUGCUCAACGAUGAGGACCCGGUGGUAGUGACCAAGGCAGCCAUGAUUGUGAACCAGCUAUCCAAGAAAGAGGCGUCACGGCGGGCGCUGAUGGGCUCGCCCCAGCUGGUGGCAGCCGUGGUACGCACCAUGCAGAACACCAGUGACCUGGACACGGCCCGCUGCACCACCAGCAUCCUGCACAACCUCUCCCACCACCGUGAGGGGCUGCUCGCCAUCUUCAAGUCAGGUGGCAUCCCUGCCCUGGUCCGCAUGCUCAGCUCCCCCGUGGAGUCGGUCCUGUUCUACGCCAUCACCACGCUGCACAACCUGCUGCUAUACCAGGAGGGCGCCAAGAUGGCAGUGCGCCUGGCCGACGGGCUGCAGAAGAUGGUGCCCCUGCUCAAUAAGAACAACCCCAAGUUCCUGGCCAUCACUACGGACUGCCUGCAGCUGCUGGCUUAUGGCAACCAGGAGAGCAAGCUCAUUAUCCUGGCCAAUGGAGGACCCCAGGCCCUCGUGCAGAUCAUGCGUAACUACAGUUAUGAGAAGCUGCUCUGGACCACCAGCCGUGUGCUCAAGGUGCUGUCCGUGUGUCCCAGCAAUAAGCCUGCCAUUGUGGAGGCUGGUGGGAUGCAGGCCUUGGGCAAACACCUGACAAGCAACAGCCCCCGCCUUGUGCAGAACUGCCUCUGGACCCUGCGCAACCUCUCGGAUGUGGCCACCAAACAGGAGGGCCUGGAGAGCGUGCUGAAGAUUCUCGUGAACCAGCUGAGUGUGGACGACGUCAACGUCCUCACCUGCGCCACGGGCACUCUGUCCAACCUGACAUGCAACAACAGCAAGAACAAGACGCUGGUGACCCAGAACAGCGGUGUGGAGGCUCUCAUCCAUGCCAUCCUGCGUGCCGGCGACAAGGACGACAUCACGGAGCCUGCCGUCUGCGCCCUGCGCCACCUCACCAGCCGCCACCCCGAGGCUGAGAUGGCCCAGAACUCCGUGCGCCUCAACUACGGCAUCCCGGCCAUCGUCAAGCUGCUCAACCAGCCCAACCAGUGGCCGCUGGUGAAGGCGACCAUUGGCCUGAUCAGGAAUCUGGCCCUGUGCCCAGCAAACCACGCCCCGCUGCAGGAGGCAGCGGUUAUCCCCCGCCUUGUCCAGCUGCUGGUCAAGGCUCACCAGGAUGCCCAGCGCCAUGUGGCUGCAGGCACACAGCAGCCCUACACGGACGGUGUGAGGAUGGAGGAGAUCGUGGAGGGCUGCACAGGAGCCCUGCACAUCCUCGCCCGGGAUCCCAUGAACCGCAUGGAGAUCUUCCGACUCAACACCAUCCCCCUGUUUGUACAGCUCCUGUACUCAUCAGUGGAGAACAUCCAGCGUGUGGCCGCUGGGGUCCUGUGUGAACUAGCCCAGGACAAGGAAGCAGCUGAUGCCAUUGAUGCUGAGGGGGCCUCGGCUCCACUCAUGGAGCUCCUGCACUCCCGCAACGAGGGCACCGCCACCUACGCUGCUGCUGUCCUGUUCCGCAUCUCCGAGGACAAGAACCCAGAUUACCGUAAGCGUGUGUCUGUAGAGCUCACCAACUCCCUCUUCAAGCAUGACCCAGCUGCCUGGGAGGCUGCCCAGAGCAUGAUCCCCAUCAAUGAACCCUACGCAGAUGACAUGGAUGCCACCUACCGCCCCAUGUACUCAAGCGACGUGCCCCUGGACCCCCUGGAUAUGCACAUGGAGAUAGACCCGGACUAUCCCAUCGACACCUACAGCGACGGCCUGAGGCCCCCCUACCCCGCGGGGGACCACGUGCUGGCCUAGCGGGCCCUGCUCCGGUGUGAUUCCUCAUCUGAGAGGCUCUCUGUGCAGGCGAAGGGGCGGACAGAAAAGUGCCUGAGCCCCGGGGAGCAGGGCCGCGACUUCUCGCCGAACCCCACGCCUCCAGAGGUCCUCUGUAGGGUCUUUCUUGGGAUGGUGAUCUGCUCCUGCUUUUCUGUCUUGGGCUGUGGGUCUAGGGCCCAACACCCCCUCCCCACCUCUGUGGCCCUGGCACUAAAGCUUUAGACUCAAUCACCCACGCUCUUCCCUCCCCCAGCAGUCACCCCCCACCCCCAGCCCACCCCGGGUAGCCUGACUCCAGCGGGGCCUGGUCACACAGCGCUUUGGUUCCUUCUUUGGGCCUGACUGUCUCACCGAACUCCAACCUACGAGCUGUUUUGAUCCCUUCGGGUGUCCAGGACCCAGGUUCAAGGCCCAAAGCCCAGAAUCCAAAGCUUGUUUGGAAAAGUUCAGGGACAGACCACGGAGAUGGGACAGAGAUGCAGAGAGUGAGUCCCCCCCACUCCGGGGCACUGCUGCACCUCUCUCCAGGACGCUCAGCUGGCUUCGGCCCCUUCCUGGGAGCCCUGGGGGUGUUUCCCUCACGCCCCUUCCCACCCACAGCUGCCCUAGCUGACUCCUGAGAAGUGCUCUUGGCUGACCCCUCUGGUGUGCGGUGGGGGGGCUUUCUCUUCCCCUUCCUGUUUCAAACCCACCACCACCUCCUGCACAUGGGUGUGGGGGGUUGGGGGAGGUCCCAGCAGAGAGUUUUAUUAUUCUCGCUUUAUGUUUUUGGUUAUUGGUUUUUUUGUAUAGACCAAAGCAAAGAAAAUAAAACUAACACACAGA